AUGGAGGCGAUCAGCAGGACAGCAACCGUCCAAAGGUGGAGGCGGCCAGCGGGACAACAACGGUCCAAGUUGGAAGCUAUCAGCGGGACAGCAACGGACAGCGACGGUCCAAGGUGGAGGCGAUCAGCGGGACAGCAACGGUCCAAAGGUGGAGGCGGCCAGCCGGACAGCAACGGUCCAAGGUGGAGGCGAUCAGCGGGACAGCAACGGUCCAAGGUGGAGGCGGUCAGCGGGACAGCGACGGUCCAAGGUGGAGGCGAUCAGCGGGACAGCAACGGUCCAAGGUGGAAACGGUCAGCGGGACAGCAAUGGUCCAAGGUGGAGUCGAUCAGCGGGACAGCAACGGUCCAAGGUAGAGGCGGUCAGCGGGACAGCAACGGUCCAAGGUGGAGGCGAUCAGCGGGACAGCAACGGUCCAAGGUGGAGACGGUCAGCGGGACAGCAAUGGUCCAAGGUGGAGUCGAUCAGCGGGACAGCAACGGUCCAAGGUAGAGGCGGUCAGCGGGACAGCAACGGUCCAAGGUGGAGGCGGUCAGCGGGACAGCAACGGUCCAAGUAGAGGUAAUACGAUCACCGGAACAGCCGAUAACGAUUCGAUUCAAUUUCAACACCGCGAGCCUUGCUUCUGGGUAUGCAGACGAUUCUUUGAAUCGUCCCACCAGGGGUACCAAAUUAUGUUUAGGACGCUUCACCUGUGGUAAAAGGACCUGGUGAAUAUCUCCUGUCCUUCACACAAGAGGGGAACCAGCUUCUAUAGUGGUUGAUAUAAUUAGACUCUGAUAUUCUUUGUCGAGUCGAAGCAAGGUGUAAA